GCUUGUCAAAACUAGUCUGAGUCUUAAUAUGUUUUAUUUAAAUUUGCAUUUAUCAAUUUAGGAAUCAAGUAAAAGGAAUGAGUACUGCUUCAGCUGAAGUAGCUGGGACCCAAGAGGAGGAAGGCACUGUUGUUGAACAUGGGGAAAGGGACAUUACUCCAGGGGAAUCUUCAGAUGGUGGGGCAUCAGGUCAGGUGUCAGAAAGUGAGAGAUCAUCAGAGGUCAGCAAAACAUCUGGCCAAGAGAAGGGAUUGGGAGAUGGAGCAGCUGAUCUGGACAAAGAUAUUGAUGCCAUGAUUGAUAUCAAUGUUCAGAAUGGUCAAGUAGAUCCUGAUGAUUGGAAUAUUGAGAAUAUCAAUGUAGACCUAUCAGCCAGUUCAACUAUAAAUGUUCUUGUUCCGGAAAACGCUUCAGCUGAUACUGGAAUUGAACGAGACAGUGGUGGUGAAGUUGGUGCUGAUAAUGCAGCUGCUGGAAGAGAUGUAACUGAUGCAGCAUCUGAAAUAUCUGUGACUAGUGAUGCCACAGAUAGUAGCUUAUUAGCUGAAGCAGUUGUAAAAAAGGUCAUAGAUUCUGCUGUUAGCCUUAUCAAAGCAGAUCAGGUUGAAGAGGAUGACACUACUGAGAAUACAGACGGAAAUACUGCAAUAAAUGUUGCAAAGGUUGGGUUGUUUCAGUAUGGGGCUGAUUCUGACAAAGAAGAAUCAGAAGAGACUGAUGAUGAGAUUAGUGAUGUUGGUGGUGGAGAAAAUGGCAGUAAAGAUGGUAAAGAAAAGUAUGAUCAUUCUGGAGAUACUGCUGUAGGUUUGUUCCAGUAUGCUGAUAUGGAAGAAACUGAUAGAUCAAAAAGUCCUGAAGUUAGUGAAUUGGAUGAAAAUGAAGAUGAAGUUGUUGAUUCAAUGAAUGAUGAAGAAAAGGCUAACAUAAUGAAACUGUAUGGUUUAGAAGAUGUGGAAGAAGUUUCCCCAGCUUCGCCUAAAUCAGCUUCAUCGUCUGAAAAUGGUGAUGGCCAAAGUGCUUUUGAGAACAAGAAGGAAGAAACUGUCUUCGAUGUUCAAAGACAAGUGUAUGAACCACAAGCGAGAUCCUUUUCUGUGAACAGAGAUCCCAGUACAACUGAUUCUUCUCCUAGACUGGAUAGUCAGGAAGGGUUUGGUAAACCAGAGGGGAGAGAAAAGUCAGAAAUAGAUAUUGAGCUAGAAUUCAAUGAGAAACACUUUGGUGACGAGCAAGAAUUUGAACAAAGUAUUGAAACUGAAAAUGCAAAAAAGGCUUCUAUGUCACCUCCGCUAGUUCAGUAUGAAUCUGUCACAGAAAAUGGUAAAUUCAGGAUUAUCAAAACUGCAAAAGAUGGUGCAGGAAUCAGAGUCGGAGCGGACUUGCUUUCACCAAAAGUGUCUCCAAAAACAUCACCAAGAGACUCUGAACAAAGUGAUGAAAAAAAUGAAGUCAAAUUGAACAAAAGAAGUGAAUCUCAUGACACUGUUGAGAGAAAGAAAGAGAAGGUUGCAGAAGUUGUUGAAGAUGUUCUAGGAGCUGAUAGAAUCAAUGUUGAAUCUUGGAAAGUUGAUGAUAGAGGGAGGAGUGAUUCCCACCAGCUGGAAACUGAAUCGUCUUUGGACAUGGAGAAAAUCAGAGCUCUGCUUGCUAAAGAAAACCAUCUAGAUGAAGUUGGAAGGCCAGGCAUAAGUACAAGAGAAGAUGGCAGUGGCCAGCGGGAUUCUGGGAAGAGUCCACUGUCCCACGGGGAACAUGCCAGGAAGGACAGGUCUUAUGAGAAGGAUGAAAGUGACCGACUGGCAUCAGACAGCCGAUAUCUUGAGGUCACUGAUAGUCAGUACUUACAGGACACUGACAGAUACGCAUCCUAUGACAGUACUAGAGAUUCUAGCCGGUUCCAAUCCACUUAUGAGGAGGAGCUGUUAAGACGAGCAUAUGACCGGGUACCAGAUACUACAGGAAGUCGAGACAUAACAGGAAGUAGGGAUGUCACAGGAAGUAGAGACAUUACAGGAAGUAGGGACACCAGUAAAAACUCUGCCCACUCUAGGUCACAUGACUCAGGGGUCAUACCAGGUUUCAAGACACUGCAGCAGCAACAGGCCAAGUGGACAGACAUGUUUGAGACUCUGGAAAAAGAUCAUCGUCGAGACUUGAGAUCACAGUAUGAUCGACACCAGUAUAACAUUCAACGUCUACAACAGCAGAUGGAACAUGAGCUCCAGAAACAACACUCUGCCAUUCGGAAGAAACUUGAUAUACACAAGGAAGCACUGGCUGGCAUGUCGCCUGAUGAGCAACUUGAAACGAGGAGAUAUCACAGUCAUGAAGGUGGGGUCCCCUCAGAUGUUAGAACAAGGUCACCUGAUAUGUCAAGGUCAUCCGGCGAAAAAUCAGGUAGAGAUAAUGUAACAGCCCUUAGAAAUUCAUUUGAGUCCAAAUCCUGGCGUGAAAUUUACCAGGAGAUGAGAGAUGAAGUUGAUAGAACCCCUUCCCCACGAUCUGCCAGGCGUUCACCUGACAAUGACCUUGAAAGUAGCCUAGGAAGGCCACAACAAUCAGGACGAAGGUCACCUCCCAGAGGUCGCAUUGAAAGGUCACGGUCACCCAGUGGGGAAGGGUCGAGCAGAGAGAGGUCGUAUGAUAGAGAGACAAUAGGUGUGAGUGCUAAAUAUUUCAAAGGUGAAAGGGAAAGGUCGUUGGAGCCUGAAAGAAGUAGGGAAAGGUCACCGGAAGGGCAAAGGUCAAGGUCAGAGAAAAGCAGAGAUUCAGUGUCUCCCCAUGUCAAAGACCUGUUGGACACUCUCAAUGAUAGUCGGUCCAGCCUGAGGGGCCUCCAAGAGGGGGAUCUUGCCACAGAGAGGCCCAGAGCAGUCUACAGCAGUCCUAUGCCCCUUAUGGGCAGGAUGACCCAAAGUGUCAGAGCCGAGCCAGUCUCCAGCAGUAGAGAUACGACCCGAGAUUCCAUCCGCCUGACCCGGUCCCUGCAUGAACCCGCGCACAUCCCAGGAUUCUCCAUGGACAGGGCAGAGUUGUACGGAGGAGAAGAUAGACGCAGGCAGGAACUGAACGACUCUGUCCGAAGUGAUGACUCCCAGCUCUCGUAUAACACACGCAUUAACUUAAGAGAAAAACAUGCCAAGCAUCUUAACGACCUACGCGCCUACUAUGAAGAUGAGCUACGUGAGCUGAGACGAGCCCUCUCGGAUGCGCUUGAAGGAACUACUGUGAGUGCUGACGUUUCAGUACAUUCAACCGCACACUCACAGUUACUAGAGGCGGAAAACAAGCACCUGACGUCGCGUAUACAUGGCCUUGGGGAGGAGCUGGAUAAAUUGCAUGAGAAGCUAAGGACCAUGGAACAGAAGAACGCUGGCCUUGAAAAGAGAGCAAGUGAAUAUGCAGCAGCCUACACUGACUCGAAGACAAUGGGCAUUCAACAUCGAGCUCACAUCGAGGAGUUACAGCGAUAUUGUCGGGAACGGGAUGAGUUGAUUAAUGAGCUGGAAUCCCGCGUGACAUCUGCAGAGGAUGGUGCGAAGCUGUAUAAGAAGAAUCUUGAGGAAGAGAUGGAGCUUAGGAGACAGGAUAAGAUCUCUCUGCAAAGGAUGGUUAAUCGUUACGAGUCACUAGAGCAGGAGUUCAAACUUCUCCAGGAGACAAUGUCGGCCACGGAGAACAAGCUAUAUGAGACGCGUACGGACGUUGUGGAGCUGAAUAGAACCAUAUCAAAACUGGAACUUGAAAACAAGAGGCUGGGACGUGAAAAUGACAACCUUCGACACAAAGUUACACAGUCACUCAAUCUGUCUACCCUCCAUGACUCCUUUGGUGGCCCUGCCUCCCCAAGGGAUGCCCAUCCUGCAAGGAGAUCAAAAUCCCCACCCCCAACCAACAUCAACCAAUCACAUUCCAGCAAAACCCCGCCAGAACCCACAACUGACCAUCGGGUCCCAAUGUUUGCCACAAGCAUGAAUGAUUGGACUCCAAUCAUACAGAAGUCUAAAGGCAAAACUCCAACUUCUGCUGUAGACCGGUCUAGACUGGAUAAAUCUGGUUCUUCUAGCUUAACUGAUCUAACUAGAGAACAGAGGAGUUCCAAAUCAAAGAAGGUUGAAGAGUCACCAUCAUUGAAAGGGAGACAACCUUCAAAGUCAGCCAGAUCAGCAAGGGAAGAAACUGUUUCAUCAAGGGAGGAUGUCUCUCACAGAUCACAGACAAGACCAAAAACCGCCCCUGAAGAGCCGACAAGAGACAGACCUCGACUAAGGGAGAUAACUCCUCCAAGAGCCAUGUCUCCGGCCAGUCAGGCCGACUCUGAGGUGUCUGAUUACUCGCCCCUGCUCAAGGCUGAACGGGAUCUUUAUAAGCUACGAGAUAUGAUGAGACAGGCUGUAGCAGUUAAACCAUCAUUUUCACCACCACCUUUGAAGCUGCAGAAGAAAUUUUACGGCAGUGAACGGCCUAGCCAGAAGGAUGAAUAUACACCUGAACUAGGUGUUGCAAGGGGAAGAAAGGAAAGCCCAGCCCUGUCCAGCCACGGCAAGUCCAAAUCCAGCCAGACCUCGUCUAGAGCUGAUAAGCCUAGUGGAGAAAAAUCAUCAAGCAGAAAAUCUGGGUCCAGCAAGGGAGAAAAAGGGUCAGAGAAAGGAUCCAAGUCUAGGGAUCGGGGUGAAAGGGACAGGAAAAGGGAUGAUGAGAGGAAAAGGGAUUAUGAAAAGAAUAGGGAUUCAGAAGAAGGCAAAGUAAAGGCCAGGGAGAGGCAGAAGGAUGAAGAUAGCAGGGAAAGGAGUAAGGAUGGCGAACCUACUAAAUCUAAGGAUAGAGAUAGGAGAAGAGAUCGAGGGGACAGUCCUGUGAGAAAUGGUGAUAUUAAUAGCUCUACGAGGUUUAAUAUCGACUUCAACGAGGAUAUGAAGACCGUGACGGUGACUCCAAGAAAGAGGGACAGCCAGUCCAGUAAACAAAAGAAUCUCAGUGAGGCCGGGGUCCAGACUAGAGACGGGGAACCAGGCAGGACAAAUGGGGAAAGACAAGCAAGUGAUGGGGAUUCCCAGGUGGCCAAUACCUUGGAUCUUAUGAGGAACGGUCAACUGACCACUCGGCCAGGCUGGGAAAAUGUCUACACUUCCAUGGCUAAACCUGCCCCCAGCCAGCAGCCCACAGCAAAAACCAUGGAGCAGAGAGUGACUGAACGUCUGCGUUCCAUCGCUGAGAUGGAAACUCGCUAUGACGGUCUACAGGUGGAGAAAGUUCAGCUGGAAUCAUCAAUCAACAAGAUCCCCAUGCACGGACGCGUUGACAGACAGAAUAGAAAGCAUAAGGAAGAACUUGAGGAAAGACUCGAUGAUGUUGUGAAAGAGUUAGGCUCCCUCAGGAUGUCCCUAAAACGCUACAACGUUCUCAAGACCGCCGGCUAGCUGCAACAUUUUUGUAGCUUACAUUUAUAGAGAUAGAUAAGGUUCUUGAUGUUUCAAAGGCCAGUUGAUUGACCAUUUUUGCUAGA